UGCCUGUGUCUUGUGGACUCUGUUUUGGGGAAAGCGUGGGUGAGCUCUGCAGUCGGGCCAUGGUGAGAGACGGGUGGCUCUCCGCAGACGAGGAGUGGCCGGCCAUGAAUACAGUGACCUACAGUGAUGUGCGUGUCGACUUCAGUUGGGAAGAAUGGGCUUUAUUGGAUCUCUCCCAGAAGAGCCUGUACAAAGAUGUAAUGUUGGAGACCUACAGGAACCUAACUGCUAUAGGCUACAGUUGGAAAGACCAUAACAUUGAAGAACAUUGCCAAAAUUCUAGAAGACAUGGAAGGUAA